UUCCGGCGUCUCCUCCCUCACAAAUUGUCCAUUGACAAGUCAUACUUCCUCCCUCCUCAGCCCCCUCUCAUUUUAAUUUCGUUUCCCCCAAUCUUUCACCAUUCUAUUCCAACUCCGUUCUACUCAUCGAUCCCAAACCUACCCAUCAAUAUUUAUUUAUACACAUUCCAUAAUCUCUACCCUCUCCCAAAUCCUCUUCCUUCGUUUCGAUAUGGAACCCGGGCUCGUCACCAGGGCCUUGCGCCGAAAGAAAUGGCUUCUCAUACUCGCGGCCCUCGGCGCGUCAACUUACGGCGCUUAUAGGCUCUACAGUUCCCCCUCUGUCGUCCGAAAGCGGAACCGACUCAUCAAACUCGUCCGUGCCCUAAUUUCCGCGGCCGAGAUGGUCUCGGGCUCCGCCGAGACGGUCAGCAUUGUCUCCAACGACUUGAAGGAGUUUCUGAGCUCCGACUCCGACGAAAUCCCCACAAGUCUGAAGCAGGUUUCCAAGAUUGCGACGUCGGAUGAGUUCUCUGCCUCCUUGCAGGGGUUUGCGGAGGCCGCGACGGUCGGAAUCUACCGAGGGUUAGAGGCUCCGACGAGGAAUGGUGUUGCAUCGGAGAAGAAGCGUGGUAGCUUUUCUGAUAAAGUAAUGGAGAAGGUUUUGUCUAAAGCCGGAACCGGGUUUGUUUCGGUCGUGGUUGGAAGCUUCGCCAGGAAUUUGGUUAUGGGUUUUUACGACAGUUCAGAUCGGAAUUUGAGCUGCUCAGAUGAAAGUUCGGGUUCUUCUUCGGAUAGAUGGGUUGAUGUGGUUUGUAGUGAUGGAAGUAAGGAGGUGAUAGCGAAUUGCAUACAGGUUUUCGUGUCGACUGCGGUUGCGGCUUACUUGGAGAAGACCAAGGAUGUUAAUGUUUGUGAUGACUUGUUUGGUGGCAUGACGAAUCCCAAGCAUGAGGACAAGGUCAGGGAGCUCCUGGUUUCUGUUUGCAAUGGUGCUGUGGAGACUCUUGUGAAGACUUCUCAUCAAGUUUUGACGAGUUCUGGUAGCUCAAAUUUGGGUUCUUGGUCAGUUGUUGGUCGUGAUGGAGCUGUGAGUAGAGCUAGGGAUGAGUGCCUUGAGCAAGAAGGAUGUUCGAUGGGGCCGGAGGAGGGUAUUGAGAAUAGCGGGUGGAUUGGGAAGGUUUCGUCUACACUGGCAGUGCCGCGGAAUAGGAAGUUUGUUCUUGAUGUGACUGGGAGGGUGACAUUGGAGACCGUAAGAACUUUUCUUGAGUUUAUGAUGUGGAUACUAAUAGAGGGUUUGAAAAGAACUGUUAAUGCGGUUCAUGGGGAGAUUGUGGGUAGGGGGUUGCAGGUUGUUAGAUUUUUUGGUGCAAAGUCUUCGGCUAUUGUUACCAUAUGUCUUGCAUUGCAUUUUUAUGUGCUGGGUGGUACUAGAGUUCUCUUGACUGCUUAGUUUGCUGGUUUAGACGACCAUCCCUUGUAGGAAGCUCUAGUCAGGUAGAUAGUGCUUCUUUUGGCAAAGGUUCUGUAUGUAAAUCUUUGACUCUUAUGACAUAUAUGGAUGCAUAAUAUUAGUUUCA